GAAGACAUUAGCAGUUAUGGGAUUCGGAAAAGUUGGAUCUGAAGUUGCAAGACGUGCAAAAGGCCUUGGUAUGCAUGUAAUUUCGCAUGAUCCAUAUGCCCCAGCUGAUAGAGCCCGUGCUAUUGGUGUGGACUUGGUCUCUUUUGAUGAGGCCAUCACCAUCGCGGAUUUCAUUUCACUUCAUAUGCCGCUCACUCCUACUACUUCGAAGGUAUUCAAUGAUGACUCUUUUGCAAAGAUGAAGAAAGGAGUCCACAUUAUUAAUGUUGCCAGGGGUGGUGUUAUUGAUGAAGAUGCAUUAGUGAGGGCCCUUGAAACAGGAGUGGUUGCACAGACAGCACUCGAUGUGUUCACAAAGGAGCCCCCAGCCCCGGAUAGCAAAUUAUUGCAGCUUGAGAAUGUCACCCUUACACCUCAUCUUGGAGCUAGCACAAAAGAAACACAGGAAGGUGUGGCUGUUGAAAUAGCUGAGGCUGUAGUUGGAGCAUUGAGAGGAGAACUAUCUGCAACUGCUGUGAAUGCUCCCAUGGUCCCUGCUGAGGUUCUUUCUGAGUUGGCUCCUUAUGUUCUGCUAGCAGAGAAGCUUGGUAGGCUUGCUGUACAGUUGGUGACUGGAGGGAAAGGAGUUAAAUCCGUGAAGGUGGUUUAUGGAUCAGCUCGAGAUCCUGAUGACUUGGACACCAGGCUUCUUCGUGCAAUCAUGGCAAUCGGUGUAGAUGAAGAGCCAGACAAGGAUACCCUCAAGAUAAUUGGGAAGUGCCUGCAAUUGAAGAGUUUGUGUUCCUCAAACUAUAGAGAGCGUUGAUGAAGACUCUCUCGA